AAAAAUCCGUUUAAAAAACUAAAAAUCAACUCCGACAACGUCUAAUCCCGAGAACAACAACAAAAGCACAUAGCCCUCUCACAUAGACAAGAUAAACAUGAAGCCCGACAUUUUAACAUUCUGCAUCCUGGCAACAACGAUCUUGGGUAGCAGCACGCGUCAUGUCAUUGGCUUUCUAACAGUGGGCGGUGACGUGGGGAAUGGUGCAGGUGGGGGUGGACCAGCUGCAGCACCACUAACUAUGCCACAGGAACAACAACAACAACAACAGCAACAACAGCAGCGAUUGCAGCAUUUAGCCAUCUUUGGCGGAAAUCAACCAAGAGGACAUCCGCAGACACAUUCCCCUUUGUCCACAUCGUUCUCCAGCUCAUCGGCCAUGCAGGAUGCCCAAGAACGUUCUGUUUAUGAUCCCGGUGAUGAACUGCUGCGUGCCCUCAACUCUGAGCAGGAAUUGGGUUUAAUGCCCCAAGAGCCAGACUAUGCGGAUACCGUUUACAAUGAGUUGGAGGUGGCCAGCAAAAUGGAUAUGCUAAAGAAGCUGGAGGAUGAUUUACGUGCCGAACAGGAGCUAGUCGACAAAUCCGCUUUGCUUAUGAAAAUGCUAGAGGAUCCUUCGUUGGAAACUCUGCCCCUUGUCUAUGUGGAAGAGGAUGAACCCAUUGUUACUUCCAAUGAUGGUGAUGAUUAUGCUGGUGAAAUUGAAAAUGCAGUCCAGGAUUUGGUCUUGGGUCAAAGUAAAUCGAAACGUUCACGUUAUUACCGUCGUUAUCCGUGGAAGCGUCACAACAAGAAUCGUGGUUCUUACAUGAAUUCUAUCAACAGCAACUAUGAACCGGAAUUACGUUAUGCCUGCACACCCAGUAAGGAGGAUAUAUUCAAGUUAUUGAUGAAUUUGCAUGAGAAUCGCAAGGGAAAUCACAGCAAGACGGUUAAUUUCUGCAAUCGUAAGCGUCCGGCCAAGGCGGUGUUUACCAAUAUACGAUUUUUGGGCUAAAUGGAAUUCUAAUUCUGGAAACUGAAGAUAUAUACACACCUACACACACACACACAAACACGCACAGACACACACACACACACACACAUAUGUAUACCAAGCAUCAAUUGUACAUUCUGUCCAAUUGACCAAGUCAACUAGGACAACUAACAACUGGAGAACAACAAGCACUAAACCCAAGUAGAACAGGCAAUUUUCUCCUAUCCCCUUAAACUAAACUAAACCAACUAACUAUAAUUGUAGACAAUUAAACAAAAGCACAAAAAGAAAAAACAAAAACAAUUUUCUAAACUCUCUCUAAAUGUGUUGUAUAUAUAUAUAGGGAAAAUGUAACGAAAGACGAACAAGAAGCCAGUUAUUCUAGUCAUUUUCUGUGUCAUGUUAAUUAAAGGAACAAUUUCAACAUGUUGUCAUAUCAUUAAACAAAAACGAAACAACAAAAAACAUAACAAAAAAAAAA